AACCCCGAACCCUUCAUUUGGUCCACCUCCCUCUGUACACUACACACCACACUCCUUUGUCGUUCGUAACUGGCAACUGAACAAGAAUCAUAAUUCAUACUAUAGGCAUGGCAACCAUUCAUCUUUCUUCUGCUUUUGCCGCCACCAUCUCAUUCUCCCUCUUCAAAUAUCUCACCGUCACCGACCUUCCAUUUCCAUUCGAUUCCAAGCCCCCAACCACAACGAAACGCAUUCCAUUCCACACCGUCACGCAAAUCAACUCCUCCUAUGCCUCCCCCUCACUCGUUCGUAACUUCUUCUCUUUCAUCCAGUUUCUCUCUACCACUUGUUUAUUUAUGGCAAUCGAUCGAUCGUGUUUGUUUGUUUGUUUGUUUGUUUGUUUGUUUGUGUUGUUGUUGCAGUUCGAGUCUGGUAAUCAUGGCGUGGGACACACAGGGGAAAAUUAUUCAGAUGCAGAAGAAGCACGUACGAAAACGAAGAUCGUAUGCACGAUUGGUCCAUCUACAAGCUCACGUGACAUGAUUUGGAAACUCGCUCAAGCGGGAAUGAACGUCGCGCGUUUAAACAUGUCGCACGGGGACCAUGCUUCUCACCAGAGAACCAUCCAUUUCGUCAAUGAGUACAAUUCUCACUUCCAAGACAAGGUCAUUGCCAUCAUGCUUGACACCAAGGGUCCUGAAGUUAGGAGUGGAGAUGUACCACAGCCAAUUUUGCUGAAAGAGGGGCAAGCAUUCAAUUUCACCAUUAGGAGAGGGGUAUGCACAGAAGACACUGUAAGUGUGAAUUAUGAUGGUUUUGUCAAUGAUGUCGAGGUUGGAGACGUCCUCCUCGUUGAUGGAGGAAUGAUGUCUCUUGCUGUAAAGUCAAAGACAAAAGACAUUGUUAGUUGUGAAGUUAUUGAUGGUGGAGAACUGCAAUCUAGGCGUCAUUUAAAUGUCCGUGGAAAAAGUGCAACGCUUCCUUCCAUAACUGACAAGGACUGGGAAGAUAUCAAGUUUGGCGUGGACAAUCAAGUAGACUUCUAUGCUGUAUCAUUUGUCAAGGAUGCUGCAGUGGUUUAUGAGUUAAAAAAAUUUCUCAAAAGUCAUAAUGCUGAUAUACACGUGAUUGUAAAGAUUGAAAGUGCAGAUUCCAUUCCAAAUCUUCAUUCAAUACUUUCAGCUUCAGAUGGGGCCAUGGUUGCUCGGGGGGACCUUGGAGCUGAACUUCCCAUAGAGGAGGUUCCUUUAUUGCAGGAGGACAUCAUUAGAAGAUGUCAUAAUAUGAAAAAGCCAGUUAUUGUGGCAACAAAUAUGCUUGAAAGCAUGAUUAAUCAUCCCACACCAACUAGGGCAGAAGUUUCGGACAUUGCAAUUGCAGUAAGACAAGGUGCUGAUGGUAUCAUGCUUUCAGGAGAAACUGCACAUGGAAAGUAUCCAUUGAAAGCAGUUAAAGUUAUGCAUUCGGUGGCUCUAAGAAAUGAAUCAAGUGUUCCCAGAAGUGAUGCUUAUCCAUAUCAAUUGAGUUCCCAUAAAAACCAUAUGGGAGAAAUGUUUGCUUUCCAUGCGACAACUAUGUCCAACACUCUUAAUACUCCUAUUAUUGUUUUCACCAGAACAGGAUCCAUGGCUAUUUUUUUGAGCCAUUAUAGGCCCUACUCAACAAUCUUUGCAUUCACAAAUGAUGCAAGGAUUAAGCAGAGGUUGGGACUUUAUCAUGGUGUCACGCCCAUAUACAUGCACUUUUCAAAUGAUGCAGAAGAGACCUUCUCUAGAGCCCUCAAACUACUAUUGAGUAAGGGUCGUUUACAGAAGGGACAGCAUGUUACUCUUGUUCAAAGUGGUGCACAACCAAUCUGGCGUAAGGAUUCCACUCACCACAUUCAAGUUCGUCAGGUUUAUGGAUAAAAUUUAUCUUUGAAGGAUCUUUCUACAUCCUGACCAUGCAAUUGUUUAUCCCCCUGUCCCUCCCCCCUCUUGUUUUCUCUCUUGUAACUAGUUAUGCUUCCUUUGAAUUAUAGUUAUGGCUGUAAUGCUUGUGAAACCCCAAAGUUGGACCAUGUAGGAAUCUUUAUGAUGCAAAUAAGGAUUUAUUGAUGUGUAUUACCAA